AGAAACGUUGAAAAAAGAAGGAAGAAUCAUAUGGAGACCAUAGAAAUCCCAAGUCUGGAUUUUGGUUCGUCUGCUCCUUCUUCUUCUUCGUCUUUGUCAUCGUCAUCACUAGUAUCACCACCCAGCAACAAUAUCACAUGUAUCGAUCGUGAGCUUUACAAGGCUGCAGUUGAAGGAAAUUUCAAGGAAUUCAUCAAUGUCCAAAGCAUUGAGUCUAUCCUCACACCAAACAAAAACACGGUCCUUCACGUGCACUUAACAUCCACAGAAACAACUCCAAGUCUACUUCCACUACCAUUCCUCCUAAAGAUUCGAAUUAAAUUUCAAAAUCUAAUCAGAUACAAAAGUAUCAAACAAGAACCCGUUUCAGAACGUUUCGUACAACAGAUUUUAGACAAGUGUGAAGGUCUACUUCUGCUUCCCAACAUCAAAGGAGAAACGCCCCUUCACUUGGCUGCUAGAGAAAAGGCUUUUAAGAGCUGAAACCCAAGAGAAUGAUACUGCGUUACACGAGGCAAUACGCCAUUGUCACUAUGAAAUAGUAG